AUGAAGUGGUUAGUGCUAUUGGCAGGACUCUCAGUAGUCCUGGCCGCUGCGCCAAGGAGGCCGUCUACACGCGAUUUCGAGCUGGAAGAAACUGAAACUGGCUCCAACAUCAUUGCCAUUACAGACACGGAUCGUAUCCUGCUCGGUAACAUCGGACGUCAAGUAAGUCCUCAAGAUGAGGAUGUGACCUUCGAACUCACCGAAGGACGCGACCAGGAAAGUGGCGGUUACAAGGUCACCAUCUCGUGGCAAGGACCUAGCGACAGAGUCUUUGAAGACUGCUAUGACUUUGGUGUUAGACAAUGGUACGGCGGUCCAGAACAGAAAGAGCAGUACUGGCCAAUUCAAAAAGCUAACCUUCAGAAGUACUCCAUCGUAUCCAAGGAAGACGACAACUCGGCUGUUUCGGAAAGAUAUUGGGUUAACUCAGCCGGAUGGUAUAUCUACGUUCACCCAGAAGCCCCUCUUUUCGUUGACCACCACAACAUCCUAGAUAACCAUAUUUGCUUCGUAGCUGAAGUCACCGAUCCCUACUCGAAGCAACGUACCCAAAACGUUCUUAAAUACGACCUCUGGUUCUUCGAUGAUGCCAAACAGGCGCAUCAACACGCUGUCGACACGUAUUUGGGCAAGCCAUCAGGUAUCCCCGACUACAGAAUGAUCCAAUACCCAGUAUGGUCUACUUGGGCAAGAUAUUCUAGAGAAAUCGACCAGGAAAAUCUAUGGGCAUUCGCCAACGAAAUUAAUGACAGUGGUUUCCCCAACUCUCAAUUCGAAAUCGACGAUCUUUGGGAAAUCUGCUACGGUUCUCUCACCGUCGAUGAAAGGAAGCUGCCAAACUUGAAACAACUCGUGCAAGACAUUAAGGGUCUCGGUUUCAGGGUGACCAUAUGGGUUCAUCCCUUCAUUAACAUGGACUGCGAUCCUUGGUAUUCUGAAGCUUUAUCGAAAGGCUACUUCGUACUCAACGAGGAAGGCAGCCCAGAUACGAGCUGGUGGAAUAACAACGGUUCAAUCCCCGCCUACAUCGACUUCACAAACCCCGAAGCUGCGGACUGGUUCAGUAGCCGAGUACAGAAUCUUAUCGACACUUAUGACAUCGACAGCGUCAAGUUCGACGCUGGUGAAUCUAGCUGGUCUCCUCAGAUCCCAGUACAAAAUGGUGAAAUCGAUCUACACCCAGGUCACAUCGUCCAGGCUUAUGUGAGGACUGUCGCUAAGUUUGGACCUAUGAUCGAAGUCAGAUCAGGAAUGAGAACUCAGGAUCUACCAGUCUUCAUCCGUAUGGUAGACAAGGACACACUAUGGGACUUCAACAAUGGUUUGGCAACACUGGUCACUACACUCCUGCAAAUGAACCUCAAUGGCUAUACCCUCGUACUUCCUGAUAUGAUAGGAGGAAACGGUUACAAUGAGAAACCUUCCAAGGAACUGUUCGUACGUUGGUUGCAAGCUAAUGUCUUCAUGCCGACCCUGCAGUACUCCUUCGUUCCCUGGGAUCAUGAUGAUGAGGCGGUAGAGAUCUGCCGUCGCUACACACAGCUACACGCGGAGUUCGCGGACGAGAUCGUGGCUGCCAUGCAGCGCUCCGUGGACACGGGGGCGCCUGUCAACCCCCCUAUUUGGUGGAUAGAUCCUACUGAUAGUGAUGCUCUUGCUGUUUGGGACGAAUUCCUCCUCGGAGAGCGUGUCCUCGCAGCUCCGGUGCUGGAGGCGGGCGCGGUGUCACGCGACGUCUACCUGCCCCGCGGGCUGUGGCGCGACGGCGUGACCGGCGACCUGCUGGCCGGGCCCACGUGGCUGAGGGACUACCCCGCGCCCCUUGAUGUGUUGCCUUACUUCACGCUUGAAGAGUCCAAUUGAAAAGAAAAAAUAACAGAUUAAAUAUAUGACCUAGAAGACUCGAAUAAUAAAAAAUUAAUAUACGAGCUCCUUUACUAAUAAUAAAAAGAUAUACAC